AGUCUCCAAAGCAUCCCUCCUCCAGAUCCUGGGAAGCUGGUGGGCAGCUGGCCCCCUCUCCCCCUCUCUCUCCUGCAGUGUUGGGGGCAGGGAGGCCGCCUGGCGCAAGCGGGGAGGAAGGGAGGGAUUCUUUCUUCCUCCCUCGGCUUCCAGGAGGAACCGCCCCCACGUGGCUGCACUGGCCUUCCUCCCCUCCCUCCCCCCAACCCUCCAGCCAGCCUCCUCCUCCUUCCAGCCAGAGAGCAGCACAUUAGCAGCAGCACCAGCAGCAGCGUACCUCUGCUCCCCCCCAGCGGCAGCCAGCCGCCUGCUGCCAGCCAGCCCAGCUGGAGACGGGGGCGGUGGCUGCCGUCGCAAGCCAAGAGGGAGCAUUGCGGACAAUGCCUGGGCAGUCUCCGCACUUCUCCUCGCCUUCUCCGAAGGAGGAGCAGCAGCAGCAGCCGUGCACCACGCAGGAGCUGCCGCAAUGACAGCCGGUGCAGCAGCCGGGCAGCGGCCACCGGCGUGAAGGGACCGUGGUGGGCGCCUCGGCAAGAUGAACGCCUCCCUGGAUGGCGGCAGCCCCGGGAAUGGGAGCGGCGGGGGCGGGGGCGGUGGGGAAAGUGGCGGGAGGCCCUUCUGCCUGCUGGCGGCCGGCUACCCGGACAGCCUGGACGUCUGCCUGCUGGAGGCCAUCAUCAUCGUCUUCCUGACCGUCCUCAUCAUCUCGGGCAACCUGGUGGUCAUCUUCGUCUUCCACUGCGCGCCGCUGCUGAACCACCACACCACCAGCUACUUCAUCCAGACCAUGGCCUACGCCGACUUGCUGGUGGGGGUGAGUUGCCUGGUGCCCUCCCUCUCCCUGCUCCACCACCCGCUGGCCUUCCUGCCCGAGGCGCUGGUCUGCAAGGUCUUCGGCUACGUGGUCUCGGUGCUGAAGAGCGUCUCCAUGACCUCGCUGGCCUGCAUCAGCCUGGACCGCUACAUCGCCAUCACCAAGCCCCUCAGCUACAGCACGCUGGUCACCCCCUGCCGCCUGCGGGCCUGCAUCCUCCUGCUCUGGCUCUACUCGGGCGCCGUCUUCCUGCCCGCCUUCUUUGAGUGGGGCAAGCCCGGCUACCACGGGGACAUCUUCCGCUGGUGCGCCGACUCUUGGGAUACCCGGGCCGUCUUCACCCUCUUCAUCGUGAUCCUGCUCUACGCGCCGGCCGCCUUGGUGGUCUGCUUCACCUACUUCAGCAUCUUCCGGAUCUGCCAGCAACACACCCGGGAGAUCAACGAGCGGCGGGUGCGCUUCAGCUCCCAGGAAGGGGAGGCGGCCGAGGGCCAGCCGUGCCCGGACAAGCACUACGCCAUGGUCCUCCUGCGCAUCACCAGCGUCUUCUACAUCCUUUGGCUCCCUUACAUCAUCUACUUUCUCUUGGAGAGCUCCUCCAUCUACCACAGCCGCCUGGCCGCCUUCCUGACCACCUGGCUGGCCAUCAGCAAUAGCUUCUGCAACUGUGUCAUCUACAGCUUGUCCAACAGUGUCUUUCAGAAAGGGUUGAAGCACCUCUGGGGUGCCCUUUGCACCCCUUGCGGCCGGCACCGGUCGGCCAAGGACUCUUCUGCUGCCUCUCGCAGCAAAAGACCCUCCAACGGCUGUCACGUCUGACCAGGGGGGGGGGCUGCCCUGAACUCAAGACAUCCAGAUGUGCAAAAAGAGAAAGAGGGAGAGAGAGAGAGACCCAUGUCCUUCUCCCUGGGAAUGCUGCAGUUUUCCAAGGAUUUCGGGAGGAUUUCCACCAGCACGGGGGGGGGGGGCUGCCCCCGGGUUUCCACCAGCACGGGGGCUGCCGCCGGGUUUCUGGGUUCCGCCUUCUUCAGGAAGGUCCUGGUGGGAAGCAGGAAACGUCCACUUUGACCAGGGGGG